AUGAAGUUCAAACCCAAAUAUAGAUCAUGUAACAAACCCAAAAAGGGACUGAAAGUAAAAAGUUGUCGUCUCCUUGGUCUCUUUCCUGUUUGCCACCUGAUCCCUAAAGCAGUCGAUGACAUCACUUCCUGCCGUCCCCAGGACUUAAAAAGGGCUUGCAGGUCGAGGGACUUCCCCACACACUGCUUCACUCCGGAAGUGAGGAUGGCCAAUGAAUCUUUUGGCUUGCACCUGGAGCUGACCCUGGACCCCUUUGUGAUUCCCCUCCGUGGGAAAUAUCCCAUAUUUUUCCUCGGGCUGGCUAUUUACUGUUUUGGUGUCUUCUGCAAUCUGACCUUGCUGACUCUGAUUGUGGUGAAGCGCAGCCUUCACAAGCCUGUCUACUUCAUCCUGUUCAGCCUCCCCCUCAACGACCUCAUCGGCAUCACCGCCAUGCUGCCGAAGGUCCUGUCUGACAUUGUGACCGAGACCAACAAGACGUCCUACCCUCUGUGUGUGCUGCAGGCGUUCAUGCUGCACAUGUACGGAGGCGGGAUUCUCUUCAUCCUCGCGGCGAUGUCCUUCGAUCGCUACGUUGCCAUCUGCCUGCCGCUGCGCUACAGCUCGGUCAUGACCCACCGCGCCGUCAUCUGCAUCGUCUCUCUUGUUUGGGGUCUGGACUUCAUCCUGAACAUUUCACUCUUCUCCUUGCAGAUCAGACUCCCUCGAUGCAAGUCUGUGAUCAGGAACGUCUUCUGUGACAACCCGUCUCUUGUUAAACUCACCUGCGGAAACACAGGGCUCAACAACAUCGUCGGCUUGUUCAACACGGCGCUCAUGCAGGUGGUCAGCGUGUCCGUGCAGGCCUUCUCUUACGUGAAGAUCCUGAUCGCCUGUGUCACCAGGAGGAGUGUGGCCAAGACCAAAGCUGUCAACACCUGCGUGGCACAGCUGGUCAUACUCAUCAUUUUUGAGGUUGUGGGAAUGUUCACCAUCUUGUCUCAUCGGUUUAAAAAUGUGUCACCUGACCUGCAGAAGAUUAUGGGCAUGCUGAUCUUCAUCGUCCCUCCUCUUCUGAACCCGCUGGUGUAUGGACUCUACACCAGCGAGAUCCGCAACAACUUGCUCAGCCUGAAGAACAGAGUCUUUGUUUAAAGGAGAAAUCGCAUGCAUGCUCUGGAAAAU